AUGGGAAUAGUGGCACCUGUAAUACUUAAAGCAAGGAUAUUGAUGCAGCAGUUAUGUCGAAACAAUUAUGGAUGGGACGAUGAAAUAUCGAAUAGUGAAAAUUUAUUGUGGAACAGAUGGCUCGAAGAUAUUCCCGGACUUGAGAAUAUAUUCAUGCAAAGAUGUUUUGCGCCGUCUGAUUUUGGCAAUAUUGUGACUCGUCAAGUACACCAUUUUGCAGAUGGUUCUGCAGUUGCUUAUGGAACUGUAUCGUAUUUGCGACUAAUCAAUGAAGAUGGGAAAAUUCAUGUUGCCUUUCUCUUAGGAAAAGCUCGACUUGCACCCAUUAAAACUGUUUCAAUACCACGACUGGAGUUGACUGCUGCAGCUCUUGCAGUUAAAUUAGAUUUAUUUCUGAGACGUGAAUUAGACUUCGAAGAUAUAGAGUCGAUGUUUUGGACAGACUCAACUUCCGUGCUUUUGAGUAAUAAUAAUACAUCACGAAGAUUCCCAACAUUUGUGGCAAAUCGACUUGCAAAGAUUGAAGAGGGAUCGAAUGCUUUGCAGUGGAGAUAUGUACCUACAGAUUUGAAUCCGGCAGACGAUGCAUCCAGAGGGUUGUCGGUACAAUCGUUGAUGGAUGAACGAUGGCUGAAGGGACCAUCAUUUUUCCAAGAGCAAAAUGAAUAUUGGCCUAAACCGCCAGUACAGUUACCUGAGCUUCCUGAUGAAUUUUUCUCAACAUGGUAUAAGUUGAAAAAAGCAAGUGCAUGGAUGAUUCGAUUCAAAGACUACCUUCAUAAGAAGAAGAAGAAUUAUAAGUGCAAUGAGAAACUUGAAGUUGAAGAAUUGCGAGUUGCUGGAGACGACAUUUUGAAAUACAUACAGAGACAAGAAUUUGGCGAAGUUAUUGAUGCAUUGCAGAAAGCCAAUCAUAGAAGUACAUCUGGGAAACAAGUACUGAAGAGAUUGAAGAUUGCAAAUUUCCUGCAUAAACUCAAUCCGAUUAUGAAAGAUGGCUUCAUCAGAGUUGGUGGGAGAUUGAGAAAUGCACCGGUUGAUUUCGAUGUUAAACAUCCGAUUAUACUCCCACAUAAACAUCAUGUAACUGAGAUGAUUAUAAGAGAACAUCAUGUAUCUACACAUCAUUCUGGUAUGGGAGUACAUGGACUUCUCUGA